AUGAAUGACCCAAAUGAUCACAAGUUCAGAAAAUACCACCCAUAUCAAGACCUCUACAAUGUUCCAGCUCAAAACCUCUACAACCUUCCAACUGCCCCUGAAUUUCUCUUCCAUGAAGAAUCUUUACACCAACGCCGUUCUUGGAGUGAAAAUCUUCAAUACUACACAGGCACAGGUUACUUAGCUGGAGCUAUAUUAGGUGGUGCUAAAGGUUCUAUUGAAGGAAUCCGUGCUGCGGAGCAUGGAGAGACGUUAAAGUUGAGGGUUAAUCGUGUUUUGAAUUCUGGUGGUCACGCGGGUAGAAAGUUUGGAAACAAUUUGGGUGUUUUGGGGUUAAUGUUUGCAGGGAUUGAGAGUGGCUUGAUUCAUUGGAGAGAUACUGAUGAUUUGGUUAAUACUGUGCUUGCUGGUCUUAGUACUGGUGCUAUUUAUCGCGCUGCGAAAGGGCCUAGGUCUGCUGCUAUUGCUGGUGCUAUUGGUGGGAUUGCUGCGGCUGGUGCGGUUGCUGCGAAACAGGCUGUCAAGAGAUAUGUGCCUAUUUGA